AAGUCACCUUCAUCAUUCUCGUUGCGCUCUUUAGCCGCCUCUUUGUUUUUAUUUCUUUGGUUUAAAAUAUGACGUCACGGCCAGUCUGACCAAUCACACUGGGGGGGGCAAGGUCACGUGUUUGCCCGUAUGAGGAAUGAGGAGUCGCCCCCUGUUGGCUGUCAAGCAGGCGUCGGUCAGCACGUUAAAACAAGUGACCUCCAUUUUGUAGCCUUGUGUGGUGAUUCCAUGGCCCACUCGAACCACCCACUAAAGCUGAACCACGCAGACCCAAACAAAAGGCCGGAAUCGUGUGUGUGUGUGUGUGUGUGUGUGUGAGCGAGAGGUGGGAGGAUGUGCUCUUCUCAAUGGCUGAUGCUGAGGGGGCGUGGUGACGCAGUGGAGGGGGCGUGUCUUGCUUCCAUGUGAUGCUGCAUUCAAUGACUAUAAAAGCUCGUUUAUUGGUAAGCCGCCGUUUCAGCUGCUCGUCAAAUAAACACGCAGGGGGUUUGGGGAUUUUUGGGGGGCGAUAAAAAGAUCAAAAUAAUAUUCGCUCCCACAAACAUUUGAUUUUUUAGCUUGAAUCACAACGUAACGCGAUCAGCUUCCCUCUCUCCCAGGGUCCCCGAACGCAUCAUCGCCCCUGACGGUCCGCCCGUGAGUGCACGCGUGUGGGUCUCCGGUGUGGGCGCAGUGGAGGACUCUCCUAUAAAAGACGGGACCACCGUCGUCAUCGUCAUCAUCAUCAGCAUCCCUCCUUCCCGGCCAACAUGUCCCGAACCGACGAAGUGCACCGAAUCACGGAGAACGUCUACAAGUCCAUCAUGGAACAGUUCAACCCGUGCUUGAGGAACUUCAUCGCCAUGGGGAAAAGCUACGAGAAGGCGUUGACCAGUGUCACGCACGCCGCUAAGGGCUACUUCGACGCUCUGGUGCGGAUGGGCGAGAUGGCCAGCCAGAGUCAAGGCGCUAAGGAUCUCGGGGAGGUUCUGUUUCAGAUGGCCGAAGUACACAGACGGAUCCAGAUCCAGCUGGAAGAGAUGCUGAAGUCCUUCCACAAUGAGCUGCUGACCGAGCUGGAGAAGAAGGUGGAGAUGGACGCUCGCUACCUCAACGCGGCAUUGAAGAAGUACCAGAUGGAGCACAAGAGCAAAGGCGAGAGUUUGGAGAAGUGCCAGGCCGAGCUGAAGAAGCUCCGACGGAAGAGCCAGAGCAGCAAGACGCCGGCCAAGUAUGGCGAGAAGGAGAUGCAGUACGUGGAGGCCGUCAACGCCAAGCAGAGCGAGCUGGACAGCUACAUCGCUGAAGGCUACAGGAACGCCCUGUCCGAGGAGAGGAGGAGGUUCUGCUUCCUCGUGGACCGCCAAGUCGCCGCCGCCAAAACCGGCAGCACCUUCCACGGAAAGGGGGAGGGGCUUCUGCCCCAAAGUCUUCCCAUGUGGCAACAAGACCCCAGCAAGCACCCGGAGCGUUUCCUGACCCCACAGAUGAGCGCCAUGGCCGAGCCCGGGGUUAAAUCCCUGCCCGUGCCUCCGGAGCUGGCGGCACUGAGGAUCAGUGGAGCCGUCGGGCCGCAGCGGCUGAUGGAAGGCGGCGCCGUGGCGCUGAACGGCACAGCCGGCACCGGCGACUACCAGCAGUGGGCGGAGUCUAAAGUGUCGCUGGGCAAAACAUCCCCUCAGGUUCAGAGACAUGGCGGGGACGUGUAUUCCAACACGCUGCCCGUACGCAAGGCGGCGCCCGCCAAGGGAAAGACCUCACUUACGGAGACACGUACGCUGCCUCGUUCGAGCUCCAUGGCGGCGGGAAUGGAGCGUAACGGCCGGACGCGAGUGCAGGCCGUGUUCUCCCACACGGCGGGCGACAACGGCACGCUGCUCAGCUUCAACGAGGGCGACGUGGUCAGGCUGCUGGUGCCCGAGGCUCGCGACGGCUGGCACUACGGCGAAAACGAGAAGACGCGCAUGCGAGGCUGGUUUCCUUUCUCCUACACCCGUGUCAUCGGCGAGGGCGAGGGGGACACCAUCAGGCUUCCGGGACACAGACUCCAGCACGGGAAGAGCAGCAGCACGGGAAACCUUCUGGAGAGGGAGGGCGCCGCUCAGCCCGCCCCCGACUACUGCGUUCACCCCGGCGUGCCAACACACAGCGCCGCCCUGCAGGCCAGACAACCACGUCCCUACGGCAUCAUGCCAGGCUUCCCGCAGGCUGCAGCGGAGGACUUUGACCCGGCCCGCUUCACCGGCACCAGCUCCUCCGACAUCAAACUGAUUUCCACCGUCUGAGAUCCCGCCCCCUCAGGCUUGGCCCCGCCCCCUGCCGAAGACGAGCUGUGACAUCACCAUGACGUAACAGCGAGGCAAAGGAAGACAUAACUGUUAACCAGAAUAAGAUAUAAUAUUCAUAAUAAUAUGAAGUACAUAUACCUAUGUAAGGACUACUGUUGUUUAUAUUUAUUAUCAUAUCGUGCAUGUUCUGACUCGUGAACAAUAAAUAAACG